AUGUCGGGAAUUAAUAAAAUCUUUAUAGUUCUCGUGUUCUUGGUGUCAGGAUCAAGUGGUGACGACAAGUUUAUUUUUGACGUGUUCCCGCCACAAUUUCGAAGUCAAGCAGCACGGGAGACAGCCGACUCGUAUCACAAGUAUCGCGAGGACGUCGCACUCUUAAAAUAUUUUGGGGUGGGAGUGUACCGUUUCAGUCUCUCCUGGAGCAGAAUCCUACCCACGGGCCGGGUCGAUUACAUAAAUCCGGCAGGAAUCAAAUACUACAACGAUCUGAUUGAUCUCCUCAUCGAAAACAUAAUCGAACCCAUCAUUACCCUCCACCACUGGGACUUUCCCCAGCCGCUCAUGGAAAUUGGUGGUUGGUCAAACAACGAUGUGAUCUCGCACUUUGUGAAUUUUGCACAUCUCGCGUUUCGCACGUUUGGAGAUCGGGUAUCGAAAUGGGUCACGUUCAAUGAACCAAAUGCGAUGUGCUUGUGGGGUUAUAUACUUGGGAAAGAAGCUCCGGGACAUCGGAAUGUUGAAGAAGCCAAACUCUGCGUCCACAACAUUUUAAGAUCUCACGCAAAGACGUACCGCUUAUACGACGCUGUAUUUCGUCCCCAUCAACGCAGGAAAGUUGGAAUGGUCAUUUUCUCCCAAUGGUAUCCCGCCAAUCCGGAGCACGUCAAGUUCGCUUUGCAGAUUACCUGGGGAGGCUUCGCGUCUCCAAUCUUUUUCGGAAAAUAUCCUGACGAAUAUGCCGAAUUUCUGGGACGACUCAGCCACAAACAUGGCGUCCUAUCUACACCGCUACAAUUCACUUUGGCCGAAUCUGCAGAACUGCGAGGGACGUGGGAUUUCUGUGGUAUGACGCAUUACACGACAAGUUUGGCUGAACCGACGAUGCCAGACGACGCUGGAAUAACGGAUCCGCUCGGGAUUGAACUGACCUCUGACCCGGGAUGGCCCAGCGGUGCGAACAGUACAACCGGUUGGAAGUUCUACGUGGUUCCCUGGGGUUUUAGAAAGAUGCUGAACUGGAUAAAAAAGCGGUAUGGAAAUCCACCAAUUUACGUUUUGGAAAAUGGAUACCAAGGUCGUCCCGAGGAUGGGUUGCAGGGCUACGGCCGUGUGGAUUAUCAUCGCUCUUAUAUUAACGAGAUGUUAAAAGCGGAGCGAAUUGAUGGCGUUAAUGUACAAAUGUACACAGCAUGGAGUCUGGUCGACUCGUUCGAAUGGGUAUGCUUAGCUUAG